AUGAAACCAUUCAAGAUAGUAUAAUUGAACAGUAUAAUUGAACUUCGAUGAGUAGAAAACCUGUGAAAUUUAUCAGUUCCGAAGAAGGUUAAACCACUUGUAAAGAUUCCAAAAGAUACAAAUCUUGCAUGGAUUGUCAGAAAGUGCAAAAUGUCUUUCCUGCGUGGAUCCGCCAAUUUUGUGUGGUGCACGACCAGUGUCCUCGGUAAGGGUGCAACUGGCGCAGUAUUUCAAGGUGUAAAUAAAAGUAAUGGGGAACCUGUCGCGGUUAAGACAUUCAAUCAGCUGAGUCAUAUGCGCCCACAUGACGUACAAAUGCGGGAAUUCGAAGUUCUGAAGAAAGUAAAUCAUGAAAACAUUGUCCAGUUAUUGGCAAUUGAGGAAGAACAGGAUGGUCGUGGUACCGUGAUUGUUAUGGAACUUUGCACAGGAGGCAGUCUUUUUAAUAUCCUUGAUGAUCCAGAAAAUACUUAUGGGCUAGCAGAAAGCGAGUUUUUGUUGGUCUUAGAACAUUUAACUGCUGGAAUGAAACAUUUGCGUGAUAAUAAUUUAGUACAUAGAGAUUUAAAACCAGGCAAUAUAAUGAAAUUUAUUGCUGACGAUGGUAGUACAAUUUAUAAGCUUACUGACUUUGGUGCUGCCAGAGAAUUACAAGAAGAUCAACAGUUUGUAUCGUUGUAUGGUACAGAAGAAUAUCUGCAUCCAGAUAUAUAUGAAAGGGCUGUUCUACGUAAACCUGUUGGAAAGACAUUCGGAGCAACUGUAGAUCUGUGGUCUAUAGGUGUAACAUUGUAUCAUGUAGCUACAGGCAAUUUACCAUUCAGACCAUUUGGUGGACGUAGGAAUAAGGAGACAAUGUUUUACAUUACUACAAAAAAAUCCUCUGGUGUGAUAUCAGGUGUGCAAACUUCAGAAAAUGGACCAAUUGAAUGGAGCAGAGAACUACCACAAAAUUGUCAGUUGAGUGUUGGUUUAAAGAAAAUUGUGACUCCAUUACUAGCCGGAUUGCUAGAAGUUGAUCCUCAGAAGAUAUGGAGCUUCGAACGAUUUUUUACAGAAGUUACAGAUACACUUUCCAGAAAACGUGUGCAUAUAUUUAAUGUACAUAAAGGCAGCUUGAUAAAAGUUUUCCUGCAUCCCGAGGAAAAACUAACAGCACUUCAGGUACACAUUCAAGAUCAAACUGACAUUGCUCCGCAUGUCCAGAUUCUCCUAUAUGGAGAUGCAUUUUUAACAAGCAUUGUUGAAGAAUCCACACCAGGAAAAGGUUAUCCGCCUACAUCGGAAGAUAAGCCAUUAAUGCUGUUUUCUAAAGAAAAUAAUAAUGUUACUUUACCAAUGGACUCAGAGUUACCUAAAUUUCCAGUAUUCGCAAACUUGGUAUCUGUAGAAAAUGAUGCAAGCCAAGCUAAAGUGGCUUGUUCAGUUGGAUAUGUAUGUAAAAGAAGAAUCGACAAAUUGGUAUUGUGCAGCAAAUUAUCGCAGGAUGCAAUAGAGGCAUUCAGUGGACUUGUUUCAACAGAGCUCACAAGAUUGUUAGAAAAAUGUCAACAUUUCAAAGAAUUCACAAAAGCUGUAGAAGACACAGCAACAGCAGUGGAAAGAAGUGAGAAUCUUACUCGACAGAUUUCCAGGAAACUAGGCAACCAGAAUGGUUUAGAAACAAAAAAUUGGAAGAAGGAGCUAGAUGCGAAGAGCAAGGAACUUCUCACUGAACUGGCUCCUGCAAUAGUGCAACUUCAUCAAAGGUAUGUAAAAGAAGGUAGUUUACGAGCUGAGUGGGACAAUAAUAUACGUGGAUUAUGGUGUCCAUGGGUCAAUAAAGCAAGUCAAAAAGCAACAACUUUGGUCGAUCGUUUACGAGACGGUUGGCAACAUUUAUUGAGAGACAGAGCUACUCGCAGCCUCACAUACAACGAUGAACAAUUUCAUGUACUGGAACGAAUAAAGGUUACAGAAACGGGACAGAGAAUAAAGAAUCUCCUUGAAACGUUUUGUAUCCCUUCAAUGAUAAAUCGAUCCGAAUGUGUUGCCGAUUGGUAUAAAAUUGCACAAACCGUUUUCCUACAAACUCAGAUUUUAGAUAAAGAUGUAGAUAAUUACGAACAUGUAUUAGAAACAUAUUCAUAUCGUUUAUCACAGGAAAGUAAAGACCGGUAUGAGAACUUUUUGCACUUAAUCGAUAGACUUCCAGGAAAAGUGAAAACCGUUGAAAAAACUAAUGUACCUGUUCAAGAAAGUACGAAGGCAUGGAAAAAUAUUUGCGUUACACAAGAAUGUAUUACAAUGAUUUUGUACAGAAAUGGAAGGCUUAUCGAUCAGCUUCAUGGUUUAUCGACGCUUGAUGGUUUAGAGGAGAUUGAUGAUUCCGAGUAUACGUCGCUUUAGCGAUUCUUGCUUUAACUUUUAUUUUCUUUACCUUUUUUGAG